AUGAACACAUGUCUGAACUUGAGGUGGAUCAUCGAACGCUACGAUGCUGGCUACUAUGAUAUCGACGACCUCCGCCUGUUCCUUUUCUAUAAACUAGAGAAGUAUGGUUUUGACUCGGAGAUCAAGGGGAUGCACGUGGCAGCUGAUGAAGACGAACGAGAGUUUUGCGUGUGGAUGCUCCGCCGCUCAGAAGAAAUAAAUGCCAACCCAGAUUUGCCGCCGCUCUCCGAGGAUAGGGCUGCUCUCCUCCGACGUGCUUAUACGACUGAGGAGAUAGAGGACAUGAAGACAAUUCCUUAUGCUUCGGCAGUAGGAAGUCUCAUGUAUGCAAUGGCAUGCACUAGGCCUGAUAUUAGCUACGCCGUUGGCAUGGUAGCGAGAUAUCAAAAUAAUCCAGGAAGGGAACAUUGGGCUGCGGUGAAACAUAUAUUCAAGUACCUGCGAAGGACUAAGGAGUACAUGUUAGUUUAUCGUGCAGACAGUUUGUUUCCGCUGGGUUACAGCGAUUCUGAUUUUCAGUCAGAUAGGGACGAGAGUAACUCAACCUCAGGAUUCCACUAUGG